AUGGAAUUGGAGAGUGGGAACAUUGAUAAAACAACGGAUGAUAGUUAUAAUGGAGUGAAUAACCACGAUUCAAGGGUUCAGAAUAACAAUGCAUCGACAAUCAAAUUACGGAGAUCUGGGAGGACCAAGCAUAAAAAUAACAUACCUAAUACUGAAGAACACGAAUCAGUCGAAUUUGCACCUGAAAUAACUUUACUGAGUGAUGAAGGAUUUAGGAAAGAGCGUGGUAAACAAUAUAGGACUAGACAGUUAUCGACAGCAAGUAUGGAGGACUUGCCAUUAAGUGACUUAACUAAAAUUAAAACUGAAGAUAUCGAUAAAUCACUGGUUGCUGAACUACCGGAUAGUCAAAGAUCAUCAGUUAACUCAACUGUGCCGCCCGUUCCUAAUAAUACAGGGGUCCCAACUAGUCCAAAAAUUCAAAAUACAGCACAAGGCGAUAGAAUCGGAUCUCUUCAAAAUAACCAAGCUAAUGCAAAGGUUGGUAGAAAGAGAUCGAAAAGACUACUUAGAAAUUCACAGCGUCUUUCGAAGUUAACCAAAUUGGAAAAAGUUCAAUUGAAGAAACGAGGUGUUUGUUUAAGGUGCAGAAAGGGAAAACACUCGCUUAAUAAUUGUCCAAUAUCUAUUUCAAAUAGAAACAUAUCACAUUAG